GCCCCACCCUGCUUGAGCCGAGGUUUACCUUUCUUAGGGGCCUGAAACAGACAGCACCACACCAAGCGCCGGGCGCACAUGUGUCCCAUGUGUCCGUCACUGUCCGUCCGUCACCAUCGGAAUCAGCAGACCGGCCUCCUGACCGCCCCCGUCUCGCACGUGGCGGCUCUAGAUUGUUGCAGACUCGGAGGCAAACAUGUCGCAGUUCUACCGCGUGGUCGAGCACACGGUGGAUUGCCACCACUCGCGCGAGUAUGUCACGGCCACGGUGCACGGCGACGCCGACAAGCCGCGGCUGGCCGUCAAGCAGUACAUCCCGCUGGACAAUCCCGAUCCGCAGCCGGGCGACGUGACCAUCAUCGGCGCCCAUGCCAACGGCUUUCCCAAGGAAUUGUACGAGCCGCUCUGGGAUGACCUGUACGCGCGGGCGGCGAAGAGCGGCAUCCGCAUCCGGUCCAUCUGGAUAGCCGACAUGUGGAACCAGGGCCAGUCGGGCGUGCUGAACGAGGCUAUUCUGGCCAACGAUCCCAGCUGGUGGGACCACGCGAGGGACCUGCUGCACCUGAUCAACCAGAAGCGCGACGAGAUGCCGCACCCGCUGGUCGGCAUCGGCCACAGCAUGGGCGGCGCGCAGCUCACUUUGAUAGCCCUGUCCAACCCGCGCCUGUUCCGCUCCCUCGUGCUGCUCGACCCGGUCCUGCAGCUCACCGGAACCGGCAUCGCCCCAGCCAUGGCCUCCACCCGCCGCCGCGACCUAUGGCCGUCGCGCGCUGCUGCGGCCGCUAUGUUCCGCCAGAGCAAGUUCUACCAGGCCUGGGACGCGCGCGUCUUCGACCGCUGGAUGCGGCACGGCUUGCGUCCGCUGCCCACGGCGCUGUACCCUUCUCCCCCUUCCACAAACACCACCACCAACCCCCCCGCAACCAGCGGCGGCGGUGGCGACGACGACCAGCCCGUCACCCUCACGACAACCAAGCACCAAGAGCUGUUCACCUUCCUCCGCCCAACGUACUCCCGGUUAAACGACGGCAGCAGCAGCAGCCCACUCGACCGCCCCGUCGAUCUCCCCGCCCACUUCGACGCCGGCGGCAGCGGCAGCGGCGGCAGCGGCAGCGGCGGCUACCCGUUCUACCGGCCGGAGCCGCUGUACGCGUUCUCGCGCCUGCCGGAGCUGCGGCCGAGCGUGCUGUACGUGUUCGGCGGCGAGUCCGACAUGUCGACGCCGGAGCUGCGGCGGGCCAAGAUGGCGGCCACGGGCACGGGCGCCGGCGGCAGCGGCGGCGCGGCGCGCGGGCGCGUGCGCGAGGUUGUCCUGGAGGGCCGCGGGCACCUGGUCGCCAUGGAGGCCGUUGCCGCGUGCGCGGAUGCGGUGGCGGGGUUUUUGAAGGAUGAGAUGCAGCUGUGGCGGGCCGAGAUGGCUGCCUUCGAGAGGAGCAGGGCCGCUGCGGACAGGCGGGAGCUGAUGGUCAUUGACGAGCGGUGGAAGCGCGAGCUGAAGCCUAAGAUUUGAUCGAGCCCGGUGUUUGUGGUCUGGUGUGUGGGUGUAUAAAGCAAUCUAUCAAAGAGGUGCUUGCAUUGCAUAGAGGGUUUUGUAUAGACCGGUCCAGUGGGAGUUGACCGAAGACAGGAGAUGCAUGGUUACCGUCUCCGAGUUUCGUCAUUUAUCGACCAUUUGCGGACGUGCAAAUAGAACCCACCAGCAACAUCACGCUGUUCUCGCCAGCCCCCUCGAAGACUAGAUCUGAAAACCAUGGCUCCGAAUCACGAUUACGCCCAGCACCACGCCACUCCUCCGCGAC